AUCCUUUCUUGCUAUCCCAAACCAGUGCAAAAGAUCUUCUUUAACAUCACCACUUUGUCUGUCUCUGUUUAAUUUUAAAUUUACAUUUGCAGUUCCACAUUUUUUGAUAGACUGCCUGUUCUUCAAAAGUUACAUUAAAAGUUGCUGCUUGUUAAUUACAGCAGCUUGUUAAUUACACUUUCCUGAUUACAGUGUCCAGAAACAGUGUUAACAAUAAUAGGAGACAAAUAUGUGCAUUUCCUCUAGAGGUGAGGUCCUGAUUGGGCACUGACUGACAUAUAAGUGAGCUUCAGUGCUGCAAGCUUCCUCAGGAGCAGUGACCUUCAGCCUUCCUAGAUUCAUGUUGAGGGGCUGGAGGGAAAAUGGUUUAGUCACCUGUCAUGUGAAUGGUCUGUUACAAUAUUUAACCUUUCCUUUCACAUAAAAGAAAAUGAGGCUGGUAAAUUUGUACAAAUUCUUUUAAUAAAAUAGCUGAGCCCAUCUCACUUCAAAGAUUUUUAUGGUAAAUUUUCAGACCAAUUGGUAGAUGACCAGAAAUUUGUCGGUGGACCUUCAGUAGUCCACUGACUACCAGAAUCGCUGCCCGUUAGUCAUUUAGCACCCCCGACUUCCCAGAUCCAGGCAAGUUUUGUCAGACUCCUGAUUCUCAUUUCCUUACAUGAGUUGAAUAUGAUUCUCUGGAAUUUGAGUACAUGCAUAGGUCCCAAUCCUGCAAGUUGCUCUGCAUAGGCAGUUAGUGGGGCUCCUUGCAGGCACAAAGAUCUGUCUUUUAUUCCACCUUGCGAGAUCAGUGGUGAUACUGUAAUAAGUGCCUUAGAAGUGCUUAAUAGGGAUCCAUUACCAGCCAUGUGCAGCAUAAACAGAGAAGUGUGAUGGGAAAAGACCCAAUUUUUAUGGAGCCUUCCAAAGAAUAUUCUUGUUCUGAACUGGCAGUUCACCUGCUUGCCUCUGGAGCUGCGCUGAUAUCAGUUGGUCAUACCAUGCAUCCGCUUUGGCAGAGCGAGCUUUCCGUUUCUGGGGGUACUCGGCAGUCUCCAAUCAACAUCCAGUGGAGAGACAGUGUUUAUGACCCUCACCUGAAGCCCCUGAAAAUCCACUAUGACCCAACCACAUGUCUCUAUAUCUGGAACAAUGGGUACUCGUUCCAGGUUGAAUUUGACGAUUCCAAAGACAAAUCAGUAAUUAUGGGAGGACCCUUGGAAAACCAUUACAGGCUAAAGCAGUUUCACUUCCACUGGGGAGCCAUAAAUGAAUGGGGUUCAGAGCACAUGGUUGACAGCAAAGUCUACCCAGCAGAGCUGCAUUUAGUACACUGGAAUCCUGUCACGUCCACAAGUUUUGAAGAAGCUAUAAUGGAGAAUAAUGGUUUGGUUGUCAUAGGAGUAUUUUUGAAGCUGGGAGCUCAUCAUGCAGGACUACAGAAGUUAGUAGAUGCGUUACCAGCAGUUAAACACAAGGACACAAUUGUUGAGUUUGAUGUCUUUGACCCCUCCUGCUUGAUGCCAUCAUGCCCAGAUUAUUGGACCUAUGAUGGAUCUUUGACCACUCCACCACUUACUGAAUCUGUCACCUGGAUUAUUAAGAAGGCACCAAUAGAAGUUGAUCAAAAUCAGCUUGAGGAGUUUCGGAUGCUGCUCUUUACCUCAGCUGGGGAGGAGGAAAAGAGGAUGGUAGACAACUUCCGCCCGCUUCAGCCACUGAUGAAUCGGACCGUCCGUUCAUCCUUCCGAAACCACCACCUAUUGAACAUUGAAACAAGAUCCAGCGAACUUGCCCACCAACAUAGCCCAUAGGAUAGCCUAAAAAGAGACCGCACAUGUUACAUUAUCUCAAAGUUACUAACAGACACUUUAUUUUUAAAAAUUCUGUAUGUAGUGUGUGUGUACGCUAUAGAAUUUCAUGGUCAGUCAUUUAAAGGGAUUUGGGGGUUACUGCUUGGCAUUUACCUUCAGUGGGUCAGCGUUUCUGUAAAAGUACAAACUUAUUUUUUACCAAACUUCUAAUAAUAACUCAUAGCAUGUAUCAGGAGUUAUUUUGAGAAUUUAAAGCAAAAUAAGAGAGUGAGGUUUCACCGCCCUAUCCCAUGUCAUAGUUAGUUUGUAUCUCAUGAAACGCUUUUGCUUAAAAACUUGUUUUCAAACUAAUAACCCCAACAGAGCAACACUAGCAGAUUGGGGGCACAAAAAGAAGUCUGUCAUAGAUAACAGAUCAUGUCCACUGUAGGAUUACUUUGGGAGAGGAGGGGAAAACAGCUUUCUGUAGGCAAAAAGAAAAUGGAUACACUUUGUAAAGAUUGAAAACGGUUUCUUGAGGAAUGUGGCACUUAUCCUAAAGUAUAGUCCAGAUGGUCUUCUUUUUAUCUACCUCUGCUAGCAAUAGUUUUCUCUAUAUUCAUCUGUUUCACUUACUUUGUAUGUUUUACUUUGUUUAAUGUCCAUCAUGUGGGUGAAAUUUGUGUACAAAUGGCUAAGUAACUCUUCUUUCUGAUGGAAACGAAGUCUGUCUUUACACCUUAGAAGUGAUAUGGAGUAGAUUUGUUUAAGUCAUUUUGGAGAACAAAUGAGAAAUCUUGACCUUAGCUAGUAAAUGGGAAAGACUCCAGUAACUGAGGUCACUCAGUGUGAGAGAGAUCAGUACAUUAGCCCUUCAAUGCUAGAUUUUGAGCCUUAUGACAACUUUGCAUAUUUGGUUGGAAAACACUUUGGGGUGGGGUGGAGGGGCAGGAGACUCUGUUUAUUUUGAAUGUGGGCUUUUUCCUAGCUCAUUUGAGUGCCUUAUUGUUGUCCAUGCUUCCUUCAUUAACUCUGCCUUUAGCUGAUUGCCUUUUUGCCUUGAGAAUGACAUUUCCCCAUCUGCCUUAAAGUGUGGUUCUAUUCUAAAAUGCAACUGUGUGUAAAUGGCUAUUCUCGUUCCCUAGAUCUGCUCUCCUGUGUGUAGUCAGAUCAGAUCUGCGCACUGAAGCGCUACAGAUAGGUUUUCACAUUUGUUAGCCCUUCAGAGCCCCGACAGCUAGGUGGGAUUGAGCUGGAUUCUAUUCCUUCUUUUGCAUCAUCAACAGAACGCUUUAUUAACUUUCAAUCACUUGUAACUGAAAACAGUGGCUGGCACAAAUGUCACUGAGGGCAUCAUCUAAAUACCAUGGGGAUGAAAGGAGUAACUGAUGCCAUAAUUUGGUCUGUAGAACCACUUAUAUGCAUGAUUAUGCGUGAGAAUGAAAGAUCCCACUGUGACUCUUGGAGAUGAGGUGAAGUUUGCUGGACUCACAGCUAGGAAAAGUGAGACACGAUGGAUGAGGUAAUAUCUUUUAUUGGACCAACUUCUGUUGGUGAGAGAAACACACUUUUGAGCUACAACAACCGCUCAUCGGGUCUGGGAAAGGUACUCAGAGUUUGUCUCUUUCACUAACAGAAGUUGGUCCAAUAAAAGAUAUUCCCUCACCCAUCUUGUCUCUCUCGUGUCCUAGGAUCAACACUGCUACAACAACAGUGCAAACAAGUUAGGAAAAGCAUCAUUUUGUUCUUUCAAU